AUGCCUUUCAGCUUCUACGCCGUGGCCAGGGGCCGGCGGCCUGGCAUUUACCCCGAUUGGGACUCGUGCAAGGCCCAGGUCGACAAAUUCAAGGGCAACAGAUACCAGGGCUACAACAGCAUGCAAGAAGCUGAGGAGUAUAUGAGAAUGUAUGGGGCUAGCGACUGUUCAUCCCUGGUCAACAGGAGCCAGCAGGCUGGACCAGCAUCGUCACUGCCCUUUCGCGAGAGGUGGAAGCCGUACCCGGAAAUCGCGCGAAGCCAACGCGUCAAGGCCUCUUCCAAGGCCGAAUACAGAAAAAGUCGGAACAAAUACUACAAGAAGCGGAGCAUGGCAGUCGUUCAGGAGGUGAUCGAUCUUUUUUUCUCGGACCCAGACCUGGGCAUGCUCAAGUGUUGGCAGCGUCUCUGUCGGGCGGUGCGCAUCGAGCCCCGUGACACUGAGAAUCAGUGCAAAGCCGACCUCAGAGGCACGCUGGUCAACAUUUUCGAUCUGAUCGAAGCCGUUCAUGAGAAUAAGCCGGUGCCGGUUUGGCCAUUGGAGCAGUGGGCCGAGUUUAAAAACUACACCAGAAAGCCAGCCAACUACUUGUCCCGUGAGAUUGCUAAGGACAACGAAAUCCUCGCGUGUUUCCUGCAGGAUCUCACACUGGCGCAGCCCCGUCGAUGCGGAAGCCCGAGACCUCUCGUGGAUGCUGAAGAGGUGACCAGGGCCGUUCCCCCUACCCCGCCAUUGCCAGACCCUGUCGAUUCCUCUCAUGCGCAGCCGCUUCCUAACAAACGUGCUCCAACCGUCGAGCAGGGUCAGACCACGCAGCAACCUGAAGCGAAGCGUCCUAGAAUGCUGUCCCCCGAAACGCACGUCGACGAGCCCGACUGUGAUAUCUUCACCGAUUUCCCACCCGAGUCCGCCUUCAAUGACCACGAUGUUAGUCACUUCGAGACCCGCUUUGCAAACGGUAAACAGUGCUACGUUCGGUGCCGCGAUGCAUGCGUUGAGCCAGACUCGGAACAAGACACAGAGUUCGGAGAUGAGUCUGACACUGAGCCCGAUACAGAGCCUGAUAUCGAUUCGGAGGACGAUGUGGCAGCCUUGAUCACUGAGGGCUACUCUGAGUGCUCGCCAGAACCGAACCCGCCCCUGCGCGGUUUUGAAUAUUAUUGCUGCCCCACGGACGGUCAGAAUCGUAUUUUCCGGCGCCGCGAUCCAGACUACGAGUCUGACAACGUGGCAUCCAUGGUCGACGAUGGUUUCUCCGAGUGCUCACUCGAGCCGGAUCAUCCCCGGUUGGGUUACACAUACACGUAUCGCGACGUCAACGGCCAACUUCAUCUUUUCCGGCGCCGCGAUUCAGACUACGAGUCUGAAUCAGAGGAAGCAGACCUGGAGUCGGACGAUACGGCAUCCAUGAUCAAUGACGGGUUCUCUGAGUGCUCAUGGCCAGCAGAAGGGCCCUUGUGCGGUUAUGAAUAUGAAGGCCGUACCAUAGGGGGUCAAGCUCGCCUCUUCCGGCGCCGCGAUCCAGACUACGAGUUGGAAUCGGCACCAGACAUGGAACUAGAUAAUGAGCCGAAGACGGAGCCGGACAUAGAGUCGAAAAACAGGCCACCCAUGAUCGAUGAUUACUCGUCCAGCGAUUCCACUAGCAAUCUUAAAACCGAGCGCAUUAAGUCCGGAUCCAGUCCUCCUGCACCAGAGACCUCAGAGAAGCAGCGUGUCAUGUCCCAGUGCAUAAAGCCGGAGCUCCGAGAGCGAACCAGCCUACGACAAAGCCGCCUCGACACUUUCUUCAAGCCCGGCCCGACAUCAUUCUAA